AUGGCACAACAAUUUUGUGUCGUCACAGGGCUAAGGUUUGGAAACCUUCCUUUCAUUCCGAUUGCAACUAAUGAGAACUGCUCAUUGAAAAGGAAAUACUUUUGCAACAAUAAAACUGUCAGCCUUUUGGAACUAGAAAAAGCCUUCCUCGACUGCGCUAAUGAGGAGGAUAUUUGGGCUUUUGAGGUCUUUCCAGCGUUGGUUGCACUGCAUUUUGUCGUGCACAAAGAGAAUGCCCACAUCCCUCGUAUACUACAGUGGAUGAGCAAUAGUUUGGCUCGUUUUCAUGAGCUAAUGAGCCAAGUAUUCGAGAACAGUGAGGUUGAUGUGCAACUUCUCCACCCAAGUGUAAUUGACAAGCAGCAACCCUAUUGGACUUGGGAAAACGAUUAUGAAUUUGACGAAACUGUUACCCUUCCGUCAUCUUCUAAGUGUGUAGAGGAUUUUGGCAAGACCCUCGCUUCAAUCGAACACUAUUUUAAGCUGGAGAUAGAGCAGUUGAAGAAACGAAAUGGUGGGUUGAAUGAACGUGGGGAAGGACAUGAGGACCUUGGUAGUCCUCAUAUGAAUGAAGGAGGUGACAAUGACAUGUCGCCCUUACAUGAAUAUGUUGCUCCGACUACAGAACCGACAGCAAUGGAAGCACAAGUCCUCGGUGAUGGAGCCGAAGCCUACGCAACCAUAGAAGUCCAAGAGGCAAAACUGUGUGCUUCAGUUCCUCACAUACAAGUGCAGUAA